AUGAAUCCCUGCGCUCUGUGUAUUCUACUCCUCGGCUCUUUCUUCCCUCCAGCACUAUGCAUCACCACUGCUGACCCAGCCCUGUUUAUCAACGGCAUUCCCUAUUCGACCCGAUCAUACUGGAUGCGCCGGGCAAACAAGGCCUUGCAGGACGUGACUCGCUCUCUCUGUCCAUUCGCUGCAUUCGGAACUGCUAUCGUCAACCACACAUACGCCCAAGGACUGGGGGACUUGAUAUGCAUCGGAGCCAACCAGAAUGGCCAAACGGGCAACCCCUCACUGCAUGGCGAAAUUGCAGCUAUUGCGAACUGCACUGCCAUCUUGACUGAUCCGAAGGGCCGGUUCCGUCUCACGCCGUCAGAGGCACAGGCCGCUUUUGCGGAUUUAACCCUGUACACGAAUGCAGAGAGUUGUCCAAUGUGCGCCUCUGCCAUCCGAUGGGCUGGGUUCCGCGAAUACGUCUACGGCACGUCGAUUGAUACGCUUAUUUGCAAGGGAUGGGGACAAAUCCGUAUUGCCUCUGUUGACGUGUUUCGGGCGUCGUUUGACUUGCCUUCUCGGACAAGAUUGAUGGGUGGUGUUCUUGCCAACGAGACGGAUCCAUACUUUCUGUGGCAGUAUGAUCCGACUUAUCCUUGUCCCCGGGGAUGCUCGCGCUCGCCUGAUGGGAUGAGUUUAGAAGCGUAA